AUGCCCAGUGCCGACAGGGGCCUGCUGCGAUCCCGUGGCCCAGGCCCCGACGGCGCCGAGGUCAAACAUGGCCUUGGCCCCGUAUGGCAUGGCGUCGUUGACCAGGCAGUCGAUCCGGGGAUCGCCCUUGUCCUUGAGCACACGGCGAAUGUCGGCCACCACGGCGUCGACGCGGCCGCCAAAGAGCACGUCUGCCAGAUCUGGGAGAGAGGCAGGUUGGGCGGCCAGGAGGCGCUCGUCCCACUCCAAAAGGGCCUCGGUCUGGGCAACCUCGGCGCCCGAGGCCAUGACACGCCACGACUGAGACGGGCUGGUCAACCAGAUGACGCGAUGGCCCCGUUGGACCAGGGCCUUGGCGACAGCCUGCAUGGGCAGGACGUGGCCCGUUGCACAGAACGUGUGCAGAAGGAACGUGCAUUUUCUUGCCGGUAG